CGCCAAACAAGCUGUCAUGCUCUUCACUAAUCAACUCCUAUUCGAAGAAAAAUACUCUUCGGCCUUCAACCAUUGCCGCUCUUGCCCCUUCAAAUCAAAACUUCCCAACGCUUCUCUCUCUCUCUCUCUCUCUCGCUGAUCUUCUCUCCUAUAUGAUGGAGCCCUUAGCAUCAGCCGUUGACAAGGUGAAGGGCUUCGCGAAAUCGACUCAAGAUCUCUUCGUUAAUGGCGUCACUCAUCAUCGCCGCAACUUAGCUCGUCGCCAUCCGAUUGAAAUUUUGAAGCGGCUACAAAGAGAAGCAUUUUCAGAUUUGAUGAAACUUAGGGACAGACAAGACAAGGUUGAGCGAAUGCUUUCCUUCCACAAAUCCUCUAAUGGAAACCCAUUCCAAGAAGCCAGUACUCAUGUAAGGGGAGAAGUUGAUUUCUUAGGGGCUCUGUUGAUGAUGGAUAGUGUUGAUCAACAAAAAUACGAUACAUUUUGUAGAGCAGGAAUGAGAACAGGGAUUGAUUCAAGGUUCACCUUUGAAACAAGCAUUCGGCAGAAUGAUACUCUUGUAGCGGAGUUUGUGGCUAGCCAAAAAGGCCAGGGAUAUACUGGCGAUGUCUUCGGUAGUUCACUGUCACUUGCUAAAGUGCUUUAUAUGGCAAAUGCUAGUGACUGGUUUUCAGCAAUUGCAAUCCCAGUGGGAGCUCAGUGCAGAGAUGUUGGAACUGCCACUGGUUAUUCUCAUCAGCGAAGGGGCCUAACUGAUUUUUUGCCAUGUGGACCAUCCCUUCUUCAUAAACAUAAUGGCAGUGCCAUUGGCUUAACGGUGAGCAAAUCAAAUGUGGUUGCUUCUCUGGCUCAGUUUGUUUCUGUUUCUGUUGGAAGCAGGCAUUCCUUCAGCACCUUUGGUCAAGUUGCCUGUCAGCUGUCGAGUGGGACAAAACUCUCUCUUUCUGGACUUCACCAAGUGUCAAAAUCAUUUAGUCAACAAAUGAUUCCUGGAGCUCUUAGCUUACCAUUUGGCAUUUUGAAAUGGCGCAAGGCUCCUGAGAUGCCAAACGACACAUCUGCUGAAUCCAUCGAGACAAACACCGAGGAAAAUCCCUCUGCUGGAUCUAUUGCUCUAGUGCUUGAAUCACAGCUUGACGAGAGCACUAGAAUCGGAGGUUGGGUUGAGAUGGAAAAAUCAAAUCCUAGAGCUAUGCAGUGGGCUAUAUCCAUGUCUGAUACUCCCGAAGAUGAGCUUGGAUGGGGUCUCAGCCUUGGUGGGAUAGUCCAAGGUCGUGCAAUCUGUGACCAUCUUCAGGCUGAGGCCUUUGUAAAAUUCAACCUAGGUAAGAGAUUCAGCUUGCAGCCUGGUUUUGUGUAUGUAAGGGAUGGGAAUACCCAAAUACCUGCCAUCAUGUUUCGGUCUAGUUGGUCCUUGUGACAACUCUUUGGAAAAAAGUAUUAUCAUCAUUAUUAUUUUUCAUGUGCUUUCAGGAAGUUUGGAGGGUUAUUUUUUUCCCAAUGCAAACGAGUGGUUGCAGUCUUUCUUGUUUUACAAUAUUGUGGUCUUUAGUGAUGAAAUGUUCAGUUCAGAUGUUCUUGCCUC